GACCAUCUGCCCGGUGUUGCUCCCCCGCAUUGUUUGUUGAUUAGGAUCAAGCAAUCGCGUCCACGGCCUCCAAUGCCUCCAAUGCCUACAACGUUUGAAGUUGCUUUGAUACCGAUACUCGAGCUCCGCGAAUAGUUGCGGAAUCAGCGCCAGCGCCAAAGACCAAGAAAAUGAAAGUAAAGAUCAGAACAUGGAAUGCGGUUGCAACUUGGAGGUGGGAUCUUGACGAAGACGACGUCUGUGGUAUUUGCCAGGUACAUUUCGAUGGGACAUGUCCUACUUGCAAAUACCCUGGAGAUGAUUGCAGCUUGCUAUCAGGAAAAUGCGGGCACAAUUUCCACAUGCAUUGCAUAGUAGAAUGGAUCAAACAAGAUUCAUCUAAAGGGCAGUGUCCUAUGUGCAGACAGAAAUUCGAAUGGACCGACAAUACAACUGCGCCAGAGCUAGUACAACCUUCAUGACCAAACAGAUGCUCAUAGAAGAGCGCGAGAACACGGCGUACGAAAUACCACCAUCGAGGCUGAGGAGUUAUCUUAUUUUAUAUGGCGUUAAUGGAAACGAGGCAGAAAGUUUGGCAGGCGCUGGGCGAUUAUUGAUACCCUCGACUUAUGUACAGAAUGUAUGAUUAUUGUUGUCGCAAUAUGUGGAGGACCACAUCGAAAGCAAAUGAACAAUUGGCACAUAGAAUACAAUCGAAUCAUACCAAUCUUUGUUUUUGUCAUAUUUCCACGAAUUAGUUGCUCGACUUUCCAGUACCACCCAGCACAAUUUUGCAGCACUUUCCUCUUUUUAUCGAAUAAUUACUCCAACGUACAGUCUUAUCGCCCAGUCACUACGUGUCUCGAUUUAAAGCUCAGUCGUACUUGGAACAAAACCACUCGAUGUCUUAUGCUUGAGUUGAGCGGACUCUGAUAGAUCCGUGAUACUUUAUACUAGUGGUGUUUUAGCUUAUUUCUAUUUCCAACGGACAAACUCUUUCCUCCAUCAAUAUCUCUCUCCUAGUCACUCAAACCUUUUCAAACAAUGGGAGAUAGCAUUGUUGCUUUGGGCCGGGGAAAUCCAGAGACCAGAUGGUUUUCGCAUAGGAGCAGUGUUGAUUUCUCAUUGAAUAUAUUAUUUACAACACGAAUUUCCGUCACAUACGACCAUAGACUGAGGAGAAUUGGGCA